AUUGCAGCAUAUUCCUGCCAGCCAAAAGUGGUGAAAAAACUAGUGAAACAGUAGGUUUUGAAACCCUCAAAAGUAGUGGUGAGCUCGCCAUAGGCCGCGUGAAGAUUCUAACCACUUUUCCCCUCACACGACGGAAUGGAUCAGGGGGUUUCUGAUUCAUUUUACUCAUACUUUCCUGGAUAUACAAACGAGUCUCAGAAACGACAAGAAACUUUGCGAAACCGGCAGCGCGAAAAUCAACAAAACUUUUUAAAACAUCAAGAGAUGGCACAAACAUCUCAGAAUCAAACACGUGUUGUUGCUCCCGUGUCUAUUCCCAGUAAUUAUCUGGACCCAUCUCUUAAUAAAACUUGCUCCCGACCUGCUGAAAAUCUGCCAUUGAAAACGUCAACACUAUCUAACGACAGGACUGAUAUAGAAAUUAUAGUAACGAAUCCUCACUAUCAACCAACGGCAUAUAUGACUUCACGACCAAAUACAACUCGUCACAAACUGCUUCGGGACUUAAGUCAUACAGCGUUAUCGUCAAAUGAAGAGAUUUACACCGACCGUAGUGAAUAUAUAGAGCUUGAAACAAAUCGGAAAAAAGAGUAUCAACGGGAAUUAAUGGAACAAAUCGUAGAAAAAAGGCGUACUGUUCAACUUUUACGAGAAAAGGAACGUAUAGAGGAUGAAGCUUUAACAAGGCGUUUACAAGAGCAACUUAAAUCAAUUCAUUUGGAGGAACAAUUGGCGAAGAAAAACAUUUUCACUGAAAAGGAUACUAAGCAAAAUCGGCUAAUGAGAUCUCAACUUCUUGCUAAAUUAGAAAAUGAUGCUAAUAUGCUAUUUGACAACAAAAGUUUCGAAAAAGGGGAAAUCCCAGCGGACACUGGCAAUGGAAGUUUAAAAAAUAGCAAAUGCUAUGAGAGGGGGGAUGUAAAUAAAAAUAAAGUUUAUAAAUACUUUACUAAUUCAACUCGCCAAGACAACCACCAUUAUAACAGUAUGAGCUCGUAUACUAAUAUAAUUCAUGCCGAUAAACAUUUGGCUGAAAAAAAAUGUUUUCACUUGAGUGAAAAAAUUUGCUCUAAAUGUGAUGAACCGUUAAAGAGCUAUGAAAGGUGUUGUCUAUAUUGCCAAGAACGACUUUAUACAAACGAAAUAGAACGUGGAGAAGUUCAAUCAAAGGUUAAAGACAAUGUCAUUUAUUGUGAUAAACACAGUUCAAGAAUUGACAGGACAUAUGAAAGGGAGAAUUGUAGAUCUAGUGAAAGUUUUCAGUUUGAUGAAAGUGACAUGGAAAAAUAUACAUACCGUUUUGUAUUAGUUUGUCAUAAAUGUGAACGAAUAUACAUAGCUUGUCAAAAUUGCGUUGUAAAAAAAGCCGUUUGCCGAGCCUGUCAUCGUAAACUUAAUAUUUGCAUGCGUUGUAGACGUAAUUUAUGUAAUAUAUGCAGGAAUAAAAUUGCUACGGGCCAGAAUACGGACCGAAUAUAUACGAAUGAUACGCAGGCUAAUAAACAGAUUGAAGAAAACCAUUUAAAGCAAGGCGUGGAUUCAUUUCGCAUACUUAAUUUAAAUACUACCCCAAACAUUGCUGAAGAUGGUUACAACAGUUCAUUAAUUGGUACCGUUGCUAAAGAUACACCAUGUCAUCAAAUUAAAGAUAAUUUGGGGGAUGAGAAGCCACAAGUUCCUCAUUUGGAUAGUAUUGAAGUAAAAUGUUUUUAUUUAGAUGAAGACGAAAAUUCGUGCAUUGACGGUGUCCGCCACGAAACGGAUAAGCAUCUGUCUCGAUACAUGAAAAAUUAUGGUGAUGUCGCCCGAUUGCGGAUAGACAAAGAAUGUAGCAAAAGCGAAUCUCGCCAUUUUGGCACACAAACAAUCAAUUCCAACUUGAAGCGGCGUGAUAUUAUGCUGAAAGAGGAGCAUUAUUUGUCGAUGCCAUUGCUACGAGAAAUGCCAAAAAUGACGAGAAAGCAAUUAUUAAAUUGUCCCGAAAUGGACACAGCACAUAGAACACGGAAACUCAAUUGUAUCAAGCAGAAGUGGGAGGUGCCAGCCGUACAGAAGUGUAUUAUUACUCAGAAUUCUCAUACCCUAACUCAAGUGGGCGCUAUACGAAAGCAACUACAAGCUGAAUGUCUGAGUGAUGCGCAAAUUUAUUAGGUUUUAUUUAUCAAAGUGGUAGUUUCUAGAAAUAUUUUGGAUAAUAAUUCAAAUUUGUAUUGACAGUAUGAACUUUAGAAAAUACAUAUAUCAUUUAUUUUGUAUCAUCAAAUUUUAUUGUUUAUAUUAUUUUGUACCAUACAUUUAUUUUCACAUAUGUAAGGGGUGUUCCAAUUCUAGGUUCCUUACUUUUUUAAAGAAAAAACACACAAACUUUAAAUAUAAUGGAGAAUAUCUGUUAUCAUUCGAAAGACCAUUCUUUGGCAUUUAUUUUUGAAGAUUAUCUCUAUCAAAAGCUGGCCGCGGCUACAUCUCAAAUGGUCCAUCCGUUGAGUCGAAUUUUCAAUGACUCGUUCGAACAAAUGUUUGCUCCAAGGCGUGAAUUGAAGCAGGAUUGUCCGCUUAAACUUUAGACUUUACAUAUCUCCAUAAGAAAGAGUCUAACGGUGUGAAAUUAUUUGCUCACCGAAGUGUUCUCUAAAUAAAUCCAUUGAUGUAUGCGAUGUGAGAGAAGUGGCGCCGUCUUGUUAAAAUUAAACGUUGCCAGAUCACGGACUUCAAUUUCAGUCAUCAAAUAGGCGAUUAUCAUGGCGCUAUAACGGUCGUUAUUGAUAACCGUCAUCAUUUACGAAUAAAUAUGAACCGAUGAUUCCCCUGGCCCACAAACCACACCAAACCCUUGUUUAUUCUGGAUAAUAUUAAAAACGUUAAUAACAACAUCGAGAGUAUAAAAAAAUUACUUCAAAAUCAACUAUAUUUGCUGGAGGAAAAGUAAAACUCCAAGCAUCUGUAAAGAAGAUAGAGACAAGGUCUACCAAAAAAUUAAGCCAAACAGAUAUUUUAAAGUUAUUUUAAUUAAACGUUUUUGUUAUUAAAUAUAUUUAUUAUAUAUUAAAUAUAAAGGAUUACUAUAUUACGACUGUUGUAAGAGCGCUCAUGUCGAAAAAAAAGUAUAUUAUUUAGAUAUGUAUAUUGUACCCAUGUUAUCAGUAAUAUAUAUAAUAUGUUCGGGCAUUACUAAUAGAUUUGGAAUUUUACAAAUUAGAAAAAAUAGUUUAAAACUUAUGAAAAAAUGUGUAUUAAAAAAUCUAUUUAAGGAUGACCCAUUUAAUAAAGAUUAAAUCAAAUAUG